AUGGCCACUUAUUUCAUCAUCAUCACACUGUUCCUAUCAGCCAACGCAAAAGUGAUGCGGAACAACGCGCUUAUGACAAAAAUGGUGUCAAAAUUCCACAAAGAAAUAGAACCAUCAGUAGAGGACAUAAACCCUGAAUCAGUAUUGAACAGAAUGCAGACGCUCCUGUGCAAGAACUUUAAAUCAGUCCCUUGCGAGAUGAUCACACAAGACACUGCGUUACGAAGACUUAUAGAACAAUCGAUACAACAAAUUAACUACAAGAAACAUAAGCUGGAGAAAACAACGUCUCCAACAACGUACCUGACUCUAUUCCCCAUUCUUAACGAGGAUAACACAAACUACAAACACAAGACGCGCGCGAGAAAAAGCAAAACAAAACACAGCUACAAAAGCAAAGACACGAGAACAGUUUACAACAGAAAGAAGAUAAGGAAGUUCUAUCCGCAUAAAGUUAAAUACAAAGACAAAAAUGCCAACAUAAAGAAAGACUUCGGUGAUUAUUCAGAGGAUAAACUCUCUAUGUCAGUAGAAGUACCAGAUAUGACGUUGACGAAAAGACACCAGCAUUUUUCUUAUAAGGUGAAACCAGCUGAUCCGCCGGUAUGGCGAAUUGAUUACAUGAAACACGGUGAACCCAGUUUGAAUAUGUUCGGUUUCGAAGAUAGACUAAAAGACAAAAUAAUAAAGAGCCCAAUUAUCGCCAUGUCUCGGCCCGUGCUUUCGACCCACGUGCUCGACACAUCGACUGGAAGACCAGCAUUUGGUGUUUUUGUCGAAUUAUACAAGAAAAAGGACGAUUCUUGGACAUUAUGGCACAAUACAGUGACAUCUAGCGACGGGCGGAUUCAGUUUCCAUUUACAAAAGAUUCUAUGGCGGUGGGAACUUACAAAUUAAAAUUCAAAGUCGAGGAUUAUUAUAAACAACUUGAUAAGGAGACUUUGUAUCCCUAUGUGGAGAUUGUUUUCAACACAAAAGAGGAUGAGCACUACCACAUCCCCCUCCUGCUCACACCCUACGGAUAUUCUACAUACAGGGGUAGUUAGACAAGGCGCCUGCUGAAUUAGACUAUUUACAUAUGAUCUGAUCUUAAAUAAAAAAUAUAAUAUCUGAAA